AGGGAAUACUUGAAACCCCGGCUCCCGAUGGAUCAUGGAUCUCCUCUCUGCUGCGUACGGUGCUACCUCUGACGAUGAGGAUGCCGCGGACCGACCCUUCUCCAUGCCGGUUGCCACCAGGUCCGCCUCCUUCUCUCCACCUCCCAUGAAGCCGCCGCGGUGGGAAUCUCACCCAUACCUCCCUCCAACCCACUGCUUCCCGCAACCACCUCUGCCCGACGCAGCGCUGCCACUGGCAUCUCCAUCCAGCGGCAGAUACAUUUCCAAGAGGGAGCGCGCUCUCCUGGCCUCAUCAGGGGCACAUAUUGAAUCCGGAUCAUCCCUGCCUCUGACGAGAGUGGAUUUUGAAUCUGCAGUUGGCUCUAUCACCUAUCCAAAUCUACGAGCUGACAUUUUGCAUUCUUUGCGAUGCCAACCGAAACCUGGACCAAGCACAAGUUUCCCUUUGAGGCUCUCAGUUUGUUUGAAGGGUCACACUAAAGCAAUCAAUUGUGUAGAUUGGUCACCGACUCAUGGGCAUCUUCUUGCUUCUGCUGGAAUGGAUCACACGGUUCAUGUAUGGAAUGUAUGGGACAAAGGGAAUACCACUGCUCGUGUUUUGAAACAUCACACUGCUGCUGUAAAGGAUGUAAGGUGGUCACUUCAUAGGCCCUUUUUACUUUCUGGAGGGCUUGAUUGUUCCUUACAGCUAGUUGAUGUUGUUGAGGGAAAAGUAAUGGAAGUAUUCAAGGAGGAUCAAGCUGUGGAGGUUAUCAAGUUCAAUCCAAGCAACCCCGAUCUCUUCCUAUCUGGUGGGUCCAAGGGUUCCCUUAAACUCUGGGAUAUUCGAUGUGGUCUGGUAACAAAAGAAUUUCAGAGAAGCCUUGGAACCAUCCUUGACAUUGACUUCAGUGCUGAUGGAAGACAAUUUAUCUCUUCAACUGACACAACCAGAAGCAAUAUUAGUGAGAACACUAUAAUUGUUUGGGAUGUCCUGCGACAAGUUCCUUUAUCUAACCAGGUUUAUACCGAAGCAUUCACAUGCCCGUGUGUAAGGUACCACCCACGUGAAGCAUCAUUUGUUGCACAGUCCAAUGGGAACUACAUUGCUAUUUUUUCAGCAAGGCCACCCUUCAAGCUGAACAAGUACACGCGGUUUGAAGGACAUGGAGUGUGGGGUUUCCCUGUGAAGUGCAGCUUUUCCCUUGGCGGGAGAGAACUCGCAUCUGGUUCAUCCGAUGGGUCCAUUUACUUCUAUGAUUACAGGUCGGCAAGGCUUUUGAGGAAAAUAGAAGCCUUCAAAGAGGCGUGCACUGAUGUCGCGUACCACCCAGUAAUGCCUAAUGUGAUCGCUGCUUGUAGCUGGGCUGGUGAAAUAUCUGUCUUUGAGUGACAUGAUUAUAAUGCUGUGUGGAGAAGCAUCAGCAGUUCAGAACCGCUAGCAUAUAUAUGUGUGUGUGUGUGUUCUGUGACUCAAACACCAGUUAAUGGUCAUAGCAGAUUCCAAAAUAAAAAUAAUUUGCUGUAUGGAGUUCAUCGUCUGAAUUUCAGUCUCAGCCUCGCCUAUGAAGAGAUUAUUGGUGGUUUCAAA